GCCGGGGCCGGGGCCCGCUGGGGCACGCGCUCCCGGGAAACAGGGGGCCGGCGGCUCGACGCCGGGGACUCCCGGCCGGCGACCAUCACGGCCGUGCCCCCGACCCCCUCCUUUCUCUCUCCGGGCCUAGUCUUGGACCUCCGAGGGGAUUCUUUUUCCACCCCUCCCUUCACGCCCCCCGAACCGCGCGCCUCCCAGGAUAGGCUGGCUUUCCUCGCUCUUCCCGCCCCCUUUUCCGUCUCCACCAAUCACUGCAACAAGGUCUAUCCCGAUUUGUUUGGGUCUUGUUUUUAUUGCGGCCCCCAGGAGCGGGGUUAAGCCGGUUUCUACUACGGGGCUGCGGUCCUUCCUCUCCUCCACCUCCUAGCUUCUUACGCUGAGGGGAGACCUCGGCAGCCCCUACCCCCUGCCGCAAGGAGGAGCGGGGCGGAGAAAACGUCAUUUUUUAGUUACAAAACUAGGGUGCGGGCCUAGGGGCCGCUGGUCCCUUCUCACCCACAGUCUCCAGGCCGGCGACACGCCCUCUGGGUUUCCCCUUUCUCCCGCCCCAAGCCCCUCUUAUUGGGUGGCUCGAAUCGCUCAGUCUUCAUUCCCAUUGGUCGAUCCGCACCGCCGGGGUUUCUUUUUUUCUCUGAUUGGGCUACUCAGCCGGAGACGGUUUGUGGAUUGGUCCGCGCGGGGCGCCGACCCAGAGGGACAGGCAGGAGGAAGGCGGCGAUGCUCGAGGUUUUUAGCCCUUGGCGCGCGUGCAUCGGCUCGCGGCCGUGAGGUGAUUGGACGGCGGGAGCGCGCGCGGAGGCGCUCGCUCCAGACUCUGAGCCAUGGAGAGACGGCUUCGGGAGGCGCAGCAAUACAAAGAGGAGGGGAACCAGCGCUACCGGGAGGGGCGCUACCGGGAUGCGGUGAGCCGCUACCACCGGGCGCUGCUUCAGCUGCGGGGCCUCGAUCCAAGCCUGCCGUCCCCGCUGCCCCCCCUGGGAGCCCGAGGCCCCGUGCUCACGGCGGAGCAGCAGAAGGUGCUGGAGAGCACGCAGACUGACUGCUACAACAACCUCGCCGCCUGCCUGCUUCAGAUGGAGCCCGUGAACUAUGAGCGAGUGAGAGAGUACAGUCAGAAGGUCUUGGAGCGCCAGCCUUCCAACGCCAAGGCCCUCUACCGGGCAGGGGUGGCCUCCUUCCACCUGCAGGACUAUGACCAGGCCCGACGCUACCUUCAGGCCGCCACUGACCGGCAGCCAAAAGAUGCCAAUGUCCGGCGAUACCUGCAGCGGACAGAAUCGGAACUAAGCAGCUACCACCAAAAGGAAAAACAGCUUUACAUGGGCAUGUUUGGUUAGCCCAGAGCCAGAGCCUUCUUCGGCCCUCCUUGGAGUCCCCAUGCCCUCCUCCCCAGCCUCCCCGACCCGGAAGCGGGGGCUUCAAGCAGUCACCUGUGGCGUACCUCGGCUGGCCUUUGGUUCCCAGCCCUGCACAAACCCGUCCUUUUACACAACCCGGAUCUUCCUUUUCCUCGCCGUCUCUGUUUCCGUCCGGCAUCACUGUUGUAGCCUUGCGGACGUUUACUAUGGGGAACCCCAGAACAAGCCUCCCGGAUGAAGGUGGGAUAAAUGAUCUCAACCAACCACACAUUCCAGGAAAUGGAUGGGGGAGACUCAUCCGUCCGCAGGCUUUCACAGGGCUGGCAAAAGGUGGUAUAGGAAGGCCGGCCCGGAACCAGGCUUCUGCUCUGCUUCCCUAAAGAUCCAAGGCAGUGGAAUCCCCUUGGGGAUUAUGGGUAUUUGGAUGGCAUCAAGGGACGCCUGAUAGGCUGUAAUGCUCUUUCUGGGCCACAAAUUGGAAUCGGAGAUUAGACCCAACUGUAUUAAAACUUAACGUUAGGACGAUCAUUUUUCCCCCCUGGGUCACACUGAUGCAACUCUCUGAUGCCCCAGGAAUAAUGACUGUUUACCCGACUGUGACAUCUGAGCCCUGCUUUUCCCUUCUGGUCUCUGCUUCUGUUUUCUACACAAUAAGCAUUUCUUGCCGAAGUCUAUGUGAGCCUCAUAAAUGAACCCCAUUCAUUCGACUACAGUAGCAAAGUGACCACACAAAGCUGGCCUCUAGGGAAAUGGCUGAAGCAGUCUCAGUCCAUCCCCAGCCUUCCAGAACAUUGUUCUCUGUCCCCUAGUAGUCCCUGUAUUUUUUUCAAGUGCCUCUCUCCCUCCAAGGACUUGAAUGGCAGAAAAAGGGGAUGAGAAGCCCCCAGGAUACUGGCGCUGCACAAAGGGCGGGCUGCUGGGCCUCAGACAGUGCUUCUCUGAUCAGCUUGUCAGCCUUUUUUUUUUUUUUUUUCAUAAUUGACUGAAUACAAUUGGUAUCCUUUGUAAUCCUGUGUAUUUUGUGUAUUUAAAAACAUUAUUUUGAGUUGGUGUGGUUGCUCUGUGGUUGGGGGUGGGGGUGGGGUCUUUAUCAGACCCCUAUACUGUUCAUUGGGUCCUGUGCCAAGCCAAAACACACGGCUGUUUGUAGCAAGGCUCUUAGGGGCCAGGGGAUGUCAUCUCUCACAUCACACAAUCUAUACUCAUCCUCGUGCUUGAAAAGGCUCGCGCUCCUGAUGCUAAUGUGGGUGACCGCCUUUACACACCUGCUGAAAGCAUUUGGUCCAAAGAUUCACCCACUGGCAGCUAGACUCGUGAUGGAAGCGUGGCUGGGCCCAAGCUCGGUCUACACUCAUCGGCCGAGGGACGCUUCCAUACUACGGCCCAGUCAAAAAAUAAAUCCUGGGAAAUCUGCCCA